GCAUCCAUGCCGAACAAGGCGUCCUCCUCGUCCUCCAGCGGCCGCCACAACAAGGUAUUCGUGCUGCAGAGGAGUCUAGGGAGCUCACCGGUGCUGGAGGGCAGCUAUGGCGAGCAAAUCGGGAUCCCUGGGCACCAGAGCGGCCUCGUCGGGGUCUAUGUCUCGGAAGAACAGGCCUACGCCGCCGUGAUCCAGCGCCAGGUCGCCGGGAUGGAGCAGAUCGCCGGGAGCAUGCUCACGGAUCUGCGCAAAGUGGUGUCGGUCAAGGGGCUGUCGUUCAAGGAGCGCUACAAGAAGAUGCUCGAGUGGGUUCGCGACUGCGAUUGGUACAGGGUCGCCGACGCCGUGAGCUUCCAGAUCAAGGAGUGCCCGCUGGUGCCGUUUGAGAAGGUGAACGAGUCCAAGCUCUUCGAUGGCGUCCAGGAUCUCCAGUCGGCGGUGUCUGACAAUGGGUCUUUCGUGGACGACGAGGAGGACGAUGAGCUCUACGACGAGGCUGGUGUUGGCGGCAAGGGAGGAGGAGCCAAGAAGAGGAGAUAUGCGCACUACUAGCUCAAGUUUUUGUAAGGAUGCAGCUGCUGCUCAGGCUCCACAAACUCCGGAUUAUCGUAAGAAGCUCCGCGUCGUGGGGUCCAAACGAGAAAGCCACGUCUUGGGCGAGCGAGAGAGGAGGAAGGAAAUGAAUCAGCUGUUUGCACGGAUGGAAGCUGUGUUGCCUGAGCCACCUCCAAAGAUGACCAAGCCAGCUUUGGUGGACGAGGUUCUAAAGUACAUUCAAGAACUACAAGUCGAGCUCGAAGAUCUUUCCGAGAAACGAAAGGCCGCACAGAAGGCAGCGCAGAUGCGACGUGCUCUCCAUCCAACACCAGCGCCAAAUGUGGCUGUGACUAUGUGCGGAAGCAGUGCACUCGUGACUGUGAUCAGCAAACGGCAGCAAGACCUCUUCAGCAAGAUUCUUCAUUUGGUAACCAGGUUUCAAGUGGAACUGGUCGGCGCGAGCGUCUCUACUGCUAGUUCAUCCAUGUUUCAUCACAUUCAUAUCAAGGCUUGUAAGCAGGAUUUCUCUUCCGAGGCUCUUGAAGAGGCUCUCCGGCAGCUGGUUAGUAGAUGAUACAUCACUACCUAUUGAGUGUCCCUUCCGGAAGAAUCACACAAUUAAAUUACAGGCAGUUUGUCAUCACAUAGAAUAAGUUUGCAAUCUCACAAGGUAUAUAUAUUA